UAUGCAGUUAUGCACAGCUACUAUGUGAAAAUUGACGAAAACGCGGGCUGUAGUUAGAGCGUUUGAUUUCUUUUUUGUUAUUCAGCCGGUGGCCCGACUAUGGGCCGUCGCACCAGCUAGUCUUUUAAUCAAACAAUAAUUGCGUUUGAUUUCUUUGGCGCUGACACUUUCAAAACUAAGAUGUUCCAAAUUCAAAAAGUGCGCGGCAAAGAUAAUUGUGGCGCUCUUUUAAACAUCAUAUUACAAUCUCAUUAUUGCCUGCUCAAAGUUUCAUAAUUUCAGAAAACACCACCUUUGGGUGCACUUAUAGGCGAACCAAAUCACCCUUUGCGAAUAGAUGGGAUGCAAAAGUGUUAAACUUUGAUAAAUAAUUGAUAAUACGAAUAAUGGCGGAUUCGCGUCGAAGAGUGACUUACGGUCAACUUGAGCUGCUUUGGGAAUAUCUCAACCAAAAUAAAGCCUUAGCGACGGGCUUUAAUAAAACAACCCAAGCUAGACAAUUUUCAAAAAAUAUGUGGCAGAAUAUAGCCCAGACUUUAAAUUCUUACGGUGAUGGUGCCGUUAAAGAUUGGAAAGGAUGGUGCAAAUAUUGGAAUGAUUAUAAAUCAAAAUUAAAGAAAUUGGCUGCAACUACUAAGGCAUCUCACCACCAGACGGCAGAGGAGGGCAGAAAAUUGACGGACAUUGAAAAAAAAUUCCUUCAGAUAUUAGAAGGUGACUUUGGGACUGGCCUGCUUGGUAUGAGGGUCAAGCCAUUUGAACAAGAUAUACAAGAAACAGAGGGUUCUUUAGACAUGGCAUUAAAUAUUGGGGCAAGUAGUAUUACAACACAGCCCAUAGUUCUGAAAGAGGAGAUAGAAGAGGAGGAGAGCAUACUGACACUUGGUCCAGUAGAUUUUCAUGAAGGUCCAGAAAUCAUGGAACCAGGGCCAAGCAGAGUGACACACCCUCCACCUGUGUUGUCACCUUCUGGUGCACCAGAACUAAAGAUCACUCCUCUGCGGUCACAACACCGCCGCCGACACAUGCGACGAGAGCCACCAAUGACACAGGAUGCGGCUCUACGGGCUCUUGUUUGUGUAUCUGAAAAGAGAGCCAAGAUAGAAGAACAAAAUAGCGAAACCCUGAAAAAACUAUUACAGGAAAUGAAGGAAAUAAAAGAAAUAUUGCGGUUGAGGUCAGUCAGGCAUCCCAUAGACGGCAAAUGAGGUUGUUCCUGAAGGUCACACCAUGUUCAAGAGCCUGGUUGUUACUGCUAAUACUUUCAUGAGUAUCAGUCAUAUUCAACUGCGUCUGGGCUUGAAGUAUGUCUUCGUUAUUUAAUUCUGGCACAGGAAUGUUAGCUCUAUUACAAAUGUUAUGCAGAAUCAUACAAGCAUUAAUAAAUGAAUCUAUAAUGAUAUAGAUGGCAACUUUUGGUCUGUAGUCUAACACUCUGUGUACUAGAAGGCAACGAAAACAUGCUUAAAGAAGCCGAAUUGUUCACUUAAUUAUAUUCCUAGUCUGGACAUACAUUUUUGUUUAAUGACUCUCUGGUGUAUCAGGAUUUGCAUUGAAAUGGGCGUCAUCAUGUAACUUCUCAAAGGAUAUCCAAGUUACCUGCGAAUUAUUAUUAUUUAACUUUAUUUACACUUAACACUUUUUUUAUAAGUCUAUUAUAAUUAAUUAGGACAAAGAAAUUCUUUGUAUUUGCUAUGUCACCUGCAAAAAGGAAAAUUCAUAAAAUAUCAUAUAUAUCAUAACAUAAUAUGGGGUAACUCAACAGUAACAAAUAGAGUCUUAACAGCGCAAAAAUAUGUUAGAGGGCUGCAGCGGGAAAAGGACCCCUUGAAAGCUGCAGACCCGUAUUUAAAAAAUAUAAUAUAUUAACAGUUUUUCAAUUAUAUAUAUUUGGGUGCUGUAUGUUUGUUUGAAAUAAUUUUAGCGAAUUCAGUAAACAUGAAAACACUUCUCUUUUCCCAUCCAGGGACUCCACCAACCACAAGUACAUAGCUGUAGAACUACAUUAUUUCAGAGAAAUUGUUUUCUUAAAUACAUAAAAAUCUAUAAUCACAACCCAAAGAUAAUAAGAGAGGUAUCGUCAAAUAGGAAUUUCUCAUCUAAAUUGAAAAUAUACCUUAUUAAAAACUGCUUAUAUUCAUUAGACAAAUAUUUUCAAUUAAAAGCUUAACAUUUUUUUUAAAUAAUUUAAUAAUAAUAAAUAAUAUUGCUACUAAUCUUUUGUUAAAUUAAUAUUAUUGUAACUAAUUAUUUAGAAAUGUAUUUUGUAAAAUUUGCAUGUCAUAAAUGUGGCAAACAUGUACUUUAUAAUAUUUAUCUAACAUCAAUCUAACAUGUUUAUGCAAGUAGAAACUUUGAAUUUGACUAUGAAACCAAAAGAAAGGCUCCUUAAAGGCUGUCAACGCUCCUGUAAUUCCUCUGGUGUUGCAAGAGAAUGUGAGCGAUGGUGAUAACUUUACACCAGGUGACCCGAACGCUCGUUCGUCCUCCUUUUCCAUAAAAAAUAGUGAAACGUGGGUGGAAAAAAUACACCUCUGCCUAACACUUCAGGAAUACUGUCGUGAAACUGUGUAACGUUAUGUAAUUUCUUAUUUUGUGUAUCUAUUACCCGAUAACAGGAAGUACGUUAUUCUAAUUGUAUGUGAAAUACAUAAACACGUGCUAUUGUGUGAUUUAGUCUAGCGUGCAUACCCCUUAAUCAUAAUCCCAAAUUCAAUAGAUAUUUUAUUUAAUAGUAUUUAUACUUUAUUUAUGUUCCGACAGUCGUGUUUGUUAGAUCGUCGCGCUGGACUUUGGAUUGCAGUAUUUUCGUAUGAUAAUCAUGGCAGAUUAUGGGAACAAUGAAUACAGCCCAAUACCCACGGUGGUACAAUACGCAGCUCACGAAUUGUACCACCGUGGGUACCGGAAUAGGAGGCUUCCCUCGUACGCCUGUUUCCGAAGAUUGGUGCACAGGCUCCACUCAACUGGGUCGUUUUAUAGUUCUGGCUGUGGUGGAAGACAGAGGAGUGAUGCUUCGCUUAAAGCGGAAGAAGUAAUUUAAAAAAUUUUUGACGACACCCGUGGUGCUGCAGCUAGUUAAGGUGUACACAGAUGAGCGCGUGGCGUGCUCUAACGAGAGAUAGGCAACAUCCAUACCACUACCGGCGGACACGGGAGUUAACGGUGGCUGACUAUACACCUCGACAUCGUACCGCGACCGGGUCGGUGCCGACGAAAAUUUUGGCAACAAAAUUUUAUGCAGUGAUGAGGGAUCCUUCACAUGGCAUGGGCUGUUUAAUAAGCACAAUGAACAUGUGUGGGCGCACAAAAACCCACACACGUCUCGGCAGUCAGUUCAGCACCGUUGGCGUAUUAACGUGUGGGCCGGUAUCAUCGGCGACAAAUUAAUUGGCCCAGUAUUUCUUCCUGAUCGCCUUAGUGGGGAGAAUUACUUGCAAUUUUUAACAGGCCCCCUAGAAGAGCACUUGGAAAAAUUGCCACCAAGCAUGUACCGGAAAUAGGACGGCGCGCCAAUCGACAAUACCUGGAUCGCCGAUUUACGAAGUGGAUCGACCGCGGUGGCACAGUGGCUUGGCCGGCACGAUGUCUGGACUUAACCCCGUUGGACUUCUUUCUGUGGGGCUACCUCAAAGGAGUAGUUUAUACCACUGACUGUGAAACUGCUUAAGAGAUGCGAAACAAAAUUAUUACUGCUUGUAGCACGGUCUCCGCACAAAUGCUCCAUAAUGCGACACGGUCCGUUGGUAUCCGAGCCGAAUUAUGUAUUGAGCGGGAAUUAAAGCACAUUGAACCCACCACUAAAGUGGUGUUGCUACAAAUCCUACCUACCUCUUUCUAACUGUAUCAUGUAUGAUGUACCUAUCCAUAUAUAUGUAUAUGGUCAGCGGGGUUGUAUUAGGCAGCAUCAACAUGGUUUUAUAACUGGGAGAUGAUCUACCAACACGAAUUUAGUUACCUAUACUGAAAUGCAAAUGAACUCUUUUAACCAAAAAAGGAAUUGAUGUAGUCUAUACAGACUUUAGCAAGGCAUUUGACCUGGCAAUACUGGAUCUAUUUUGGACUUUUAAAAUCAUACCUCAAUAAUAGGUGUUGCUGUGUUGUUGCAAAUAGUUAUGACUCUAUACAUAACAUAUGAAGUUCCUCAAGGCUCGCGCUUCCUUUACCUAACACCUUUAUCAAUGACCUGCCAAAUAGUUUUCAUCACUCAACACCCUUCAUGUUUGCUGAUGACCUCAAACUCCUUAAAAUCAUUGAGGACUUUGAAGAUGCUAAACUCUUACAGGAAGAUCUAAAUAUAUUGUAUCAUUGGUGUAAGUUUAACGGAAUUGUACUUAACACAGGAAAAUGUUCUUUUCGUUCCUUUAAAACGACUGAAUAUUAUCAGGGAUCUUGGAUGAGAAGCUAACAUUUAUUCCACACAUAGAUAAUAUAGUCACUAAAGCCUCAAAGAUGUUGGGUUUUGUCCUGAGAAACAGCAAAAUAUUCCGAAAUAUACACUAAAAUAGUUUUCAUAUAACAGCUUAGUAAGAAGUAUAAUAGAGCAUGGUAGUGUCAUGUGAAGUCACAUUAUGCAACACACUGCCUGAGAAUAGAAAGGAUACAAAGGAUUUUUUAUAUCAUCUGGCUUUCUCUGAAAGAAAAGCUAAAGAACUUUCUUUGUACAAAGAAAGGCUAAUAUAUUUUAAUAAGCUUGCGCCAAAGAAGAGAUUUGUUGGAUUUGAUGUUUCUAUAUAAAAGUCUUAACAAUUAAUCUAUGAUAAUCCAGAUUUAGUAUCCAAGAUUAAAUAUAAUGUUCCUCUCGAUUUCCACGCAAAAUAUUAUGUGAUAAAUUAAAUAAUUUGUAAUAUUAACGAAUUAUAAUAAUUGACUGAUUUUAAUAUAGUAAACUGCUAUAGUAAUUAUUUUUCUUCUUUCUUUUUAACUUUAGAUUGAAUAUUGUAUUGAUGCUUGUAUUAAUGUAACUAACACGUCUUGUGGAUUGAAUAAAUAAAUAAACAAUGAACAAGUAAUAUUUAACAUUUGUGUAUGUUUAUAUGAAUAUGUGUUUAGUGUGAGUUGUGUGUAGAGAGUGAGCAUUAUUUAUACUUUGUUGUGUAGGAAAAGUAUGUAUACUUUUUCUACACAACAUGUAUACUAAAAGUAUGUAUACUCUCUGCAUAACAGAAGGUUGUACAUUACAAAAAUAUAAGGUUUAAAUGUAAAUUUAAAAUUAGAAAAUGUAUAAUAUUAAGAUUUUCCAAAAACCCGUAACUAAUCACUCUUCUCAAUCCGGAAACGUUCUUUUCCUUUCUCUUGCCGUACAUAGAUUUUGCCGUCGCGUGUCCAUCCAUAUUUAUAUUUUAGUUCGCCGGCCGAUACACGGGGUUUUUCAUAGUUAUUUACGUGACUGUUGUGUAAUACCUAGUUAUCAACAGUUGCAUACAAGACUUUAUCUACAACCAUAAUAUGAAUCCUCUAAAUGAUUCUGAAACAGUUAGCUUACUGCUAACAUUAAAACAGCCAGUUCUAGUUACCUACUACUAGUAUCUACUAAAUAUUAGGUACUAUCAGUAAUAGAUGUUAUUUGAUGAUAGUAACGUACUAUCAUCCAUUACUGAUUAUAUACAAAUAAACUAAGUACCUAUUAAUGAAAGAAUUAUUUAUUUUAGUAUUAAUUAACAUGUUGUAUAUAUAGCUAGUGCAAUUAUUAAAAGUCAUUUGAAUA